AUGAAAUGCACCAUGCUGUACGGAGCGCACAAGUAUCCUCAAUUGGAAGCCGCAGUCGACAGCCAUCGCCGGCAUAGUGAACGCUGGGGUUGCGGAUUCCAGAAUCUUGAGUACGACCUCACGAACCGAAGGCUGUACAGCAAGCAGUACUCAAUCCUUUCCGCAAUCCUCCACGAGAUGACAAUACCGGAAGAUCAAAGGAAGAAGUGGCUCAUGUGGGUUGAUGCCGAUUCGAUCGUGCUCAACCCUGCCAUAUCUCCUGAGCAUUUCCUCCCUCCCGAAAAUCUCAAGGACGUCUGGGCACUGUUGACUGCCGACAAGAACGGACUGAAUGCGGGCAUAUUCUAUCUCAAAGUCCACCCAGACUCCGUCGACUUCCUCACCCAGGUUGUUGCAUACCCUCUGGACUAUCCCGACAUAGACUUGGGCUGGUUCGGAGUACAAGCUGCGAUGUCAAAGGUCCUUGAAGCGAUGAAGGCGGAUCCGCGCAGGAGAGACGCUUUGGCUGGAGUUGCCUGGAUACCGCGCACGUGGAUCAAUGCAUACCAGGGCGAGAGGAUAUUUGAAGGCAAGCCGGGAGACUUGAUGGUUCACUUUGCAGGUCUUGGUGCGACGAGACUUUCACUCAUGGCAAAGUGGCUAGAUGAGCUGGUGCAGCAUCCGGCAAAAUGGGAAGUCCCAUUGGGCAAGACGCGCUAUGAGAAAGCUGUGCCAGGGUUCUGGAACCAGUUCGUUUCGAACUCGACACGAAUCGAUUGUUCGCCGGAAGGAUUGAAGAAAGGACGAUGCGUCGAGGCGAAGUGA